AUGCAGCCUGGCCUCCGGCUCGACCAUCCAACCGGUUGUGACUUGGCCUCCACUCCCACGCCUCCGGCCUCUCGCCCAGUCCCACUACAACCUGGCCCUGACGGCAGACGUUCCAAUCCCAGUCGGUCUCCGUGGUUCGUCCAGUCUCUCUUUCCCCCCUACCAACUAUUUGUGCGGCCAGUGCUCAUGAGUGAGACUAUCGACAUGAACAAUCAUCAUAACUUACAUGAAAUAGACAUCAGACUUGAGCAGUGGCGGUCUUGCGGUCCCGGUUACUUGAGUCCGAGAAUAUGUCAGGAGCGGACUCAGGAUCCAUUGAGCCAGACAUCUCCUCUUGGCUUGAUAACUGCACCCAUCUAUACUCUUAUUCCUGUCCAAUUGCCCUUUCCCUUCGGUCUGUGUUGCUACACAACUCAUUUGCUUCGUCUUUCUUUCAACAAACGCGGACUCUCCUCUAAACAAGUCAGAACACUCUUGAUUGGUGAGUCUACCCUUUCUUCUUCUCUCUCACUGUCAUUUGCUGGUCGCUCUCUCCUCUGUUUCUCUGCUCCUCUUCUGCCCUGUCUAACCCCGUCUAACUAUCUAAAAUGCACACCAUCAUAUGAAUACAUUCCUGUCCACCAUGAGCAGUUGCGGCUGCUUUUUACGCCGACGGCUUGUAUUUACCGCGUCUUGAGCAGAGACAGGCCUGGGAAACACACACGAACACACACACGGGCAGACUCACACACACGGGCAGCGACUCAGAAAGACUCACCGGACCUGGGGUGGAUAGCCCUUGCGGUAGCCAAAAGAGCCCGAAACAAGCAGAACGCUUGUUUACUACAGACGAGACAAUUGUUCACGGCGGACAGCGAAAUUGUCGACUCGUUAUUCUCCGACUCUUGCCGGCUAGACACGCUGAAACCUGCACGACUGGCUUCUUCCGAAAGAGGAUUACGUCUUUUCAAGAAAGCUCGGUAUGUAUAG